AUGGAUAAACUGAUGGAAGAGCAACGUAAAAAGAAUAGACAACCAUUGAAAUCACUUCAGGAGGUGUGUGAAAAGAUUACUGCCAUACGAACUAAGAACUGGUUCAAGAGUCGCUACAUUGUACAUUGUUACUUUAGGUUAAAAAAACAUGGAUUUCGAAAUCCUGAAAAUGCAAAUCAAGCGCAAGUUUUUAUACUCGGGGAAUUAUCGCUGAAGAAAAAAGAAACCUCUGUUCCUGCUACUAGUACAUGCACACUGGACGAGGAUGAGGACGUAGACAAUCAACAGCUAUCAACAUCGAUAGGUUCUACACCUCAUGUUGCCUCCAGUGGUUCUUAUUUAUUUAAAUUCUUAAAUAAUCGAAUAGCCACGGUUGCUAAAAAAGCGACAAUAACCUCAGAUUCGAUCAUCAUGCUGCGGCAGUAUCUGGGAGUAGUCCCAGUCUACCUUACAACCGCUUUUUAA